AUGGAAUUAUAUGAUGAUAUUGAACUCAUUAAUGUCACAAUUAACGAAGCAAUAAAUGAAGAGUCGAACAAGUCACUUUAUGAAGUACUAAUUGAGGAUGACAUAAGUCAGGACCCUAUAUAUGAUACAGAUACAGACUCUUCAUCUGAAGAAUCAGAUAUUUCUUCACUUAAGAUAACCUUAG